AUGGAUACCUUGAGCGACAUGUCCAGCUCUGGAACCUACAGAAACCUGACGGACCAGCGGCUGACCACAGCACCCACCCAGGUGAACAAGUUUAUCGAGGACAGUGUGCGCAUGCUCUGGUUUGUCGUGCUCAAGUGCGCCAUGUACGAGCUCUUCAGUCUGGUGGGGAUAAUCUCCAACGUCGUCAGUCUCUCCGUCUUCUCGCGCAUCGGUUGCCAUGACAGCGUCAACGUCUGGCUGGUGGCGCUGACCAUCUCCGACCUGGUCAGUCUGCUAGUGCUCCUCUGGAUGGGGGUGUGCUACAACCCCUGGUUCACCUACUCGGACGUGACCUUUGACACCUGGUCGCUGGUGUACCUGACGGGCGGCUGGCCCAAGAUUUACCUGGCCCGGGUCACUAGUUGGGUCACGGCCUUCGUCACGCUCGAGCGCUGCCUGUGUAUCGCCCUCCCGCUCAGGGUCAAGGCCAUCUUCACCAGAGGCCGCUCAAUAUUCAUCAACGCCUCCAUCUUUCUCCUCAUCUUCCUCAUCAUGCCGCCCAUCUACGUAACGACAGGCCUCAGCUGGCAGUGGUACCCUGACCGCAACAAGACUCUGCUGGGCCUGGACUUCACGUCAGAACGUAACGACAUCUACAACACUGUCAUCUCCAUCAACAUCAUUCUCACCUACCUCUCCUUCUUCGUCGUCCUCCUCAGCUCCUUCGUCCUGCUCGUCAGCCUGGAGAGACAUGCACGCUGGAGGAAGGUCAAGGCUGACGUCAAGCCCAGCUCGGCCACGGCUAAGGAGUUGAAGGUCAGCCGGAUGGUCUUGCUGAUUGCCGUGACCUUCAUGGGGACCUACCUGCCGGGCACGGCGCUGCUGUUGGUGAUGGUGUUUGUGCCAGAGUUCAACAAGGGCCGGACCUACCACAACCUCUUUACCGUCGUCUGGGCCUUUGUUCAUCUGCUUGAGGCCUUCAACUCCUCCAUUAACAUUUUCGUCUAUUUGAAAAGUUCAAAGUUCAACGCUGUCUUCAACCAACAGUUUUACAGCUUUCAAAGAUUGUUCAAGCUUCGAGUUAUCAAAGUAGAUGUCAAUAAAAGUCACGGAGAGCAGUUUUAG